AUGUUCGCGAAGACUCUCUGCUUCGUCUGGCUCUCCAUCUAUCUGGCCGGCUUUACCGCCCAGGCUAUGCCGACUGCUCGCCAGUUCAAUAACCAGAAUUGUGACCUGCCCCAAGUGAAGACCCGGUUUGUAACCGUUACCGCGACCGUGACGGCAGCGCAGAGCCAGAAUACCAAGGUUGGCAACAACGGUAACACUGGUAACAACGCCGGUAACAAUAACAACACUGGCAACAACAACAACGGCAACAACAACAACAACAACACUGGCGGUGGAAAGGGAACCGUGACCACUACGGCUCGUGGUUCGACCAACACUGGCAAGGCUGGAAACAACGGCAACACCAAUACUGGCAACAACGGCAAUAACAACGCUGGGAACAACGGGAACACUGGUAACAACGGCAAUAACAACACCGGCAACAAUGGUAAUAACAACACUGGCGGCGGAAAGGGCACUGUGACCACUACCGCCCGUGGCUCGACGAACACUGGCAACGCUGGCAACAACAACAACAACAACGGGAACACCCGCAAUAACAACACUGGGAACACCGGUAACAACAACAACGGGAACACUGGCAAUAACGGCAACAACACAGGAAACAACGGCAACAACAAUGCCGGGAACAAUGGUGGCAACACUGGAAACAACGGAGGGAAUACUGGAAACAAUGGAGGGAAUACUGGAAACAACGGAGGGAAUACCGGGAACACUGGCGGGAACACUGGAAACAACGGUGGCAACAACGGCGGAAACAAUGGCGGAAACGCCAACGCCGCACAGACGUCACUCACGCUCGACCCCAAAGUCAUCGCUCAAGGCUUUGCCAAUGACGGACAAGACGUUCCUGCCGCCGGCCAAGUUUCUUCGCUCACGUCGACCAACAACUUCAUCAACUUCUGCCUUACCGUCCCCAAUCUCCCCAUCACCAACGGCCAGCAAAUCACCACUGGCUCGUGCAACCCCGCUCCCAUUGGCACCAUCCCCUCGACCGACAACAUGCCGUCGUCCAAAUUCCAGUUCCCUCCCAACUUCGGCACCGUCAAGGCCGACACCCCUUUCACGAUCGCGAUGGCGGUCAGAAAUUUCGAUACGGGCUUCUUCGUCAAUGCGCAGAAGAACUACUUCUCCGCGCCCCAGCAACUCAACGCCCAAGGUCAAAUCCAAGGACACUCCCACGUUGUCGUUGAGCAGAUUGCCUCCCUUCAGGACACCAAGGUCACGGAUCCCAAGAAGUUCGCGUUCUUCAAGGGGCUCAACGGAAAGGCCAUCAACAACGUCCUCACUGCUACCGUCGACAACGGUCUCCCUGUUGGUGUUUACCGCCUUUCUUCGAUCAACUCUGCCGCCAACCAUCAGCCCGCCAUCGCUCCAGUUGCUCAGCACGGUUCUUUGGACGAUGUGAUCUACUUCACUGUCACCGCUGAUGGUGUGCCCGUUGCCGCGCCUGGUGCCACUACCGGUGGAAACACCGGCGCGAAUACCGGUGCGAAUACUGGUGCGAACACUGGUGCCUCGAAUUCUACUGCCUCUGCCUCCGUUACUGCCUCGGGUAUCGCUACCAACGCCACAGCCAUCGCUACAGGUAUUGCUAACAAUGGAACUGCCGUCCUUUCCAACAUUGCCUCCGCCACCGCGCUUCCUUCAGCAGUCGUCAGCGGAUCUGUCAAAGCCUCUGGCGUCCUUAGCUCUGCCGCCGCCGCCCAAUCGACCGUAGGCAUCCGUGGUGGAAAGGGCCCCAAGGUUGGCGGUGGUGCCGCUGGUGGUGCCGUUUCUGCGGUUCCCGAUCCCGCCGCCGCCGCCUCGUCAACAGCAGCAGCCGUAGCACAACCUACCGUCUCAUUGCGUGGCGGUAAGAAAGGCAACACAGCGGCAGCUCCUUCCUCCGCCGCCGCUCCCGUUGCGUCAUCAGUAGCAGCAGCCGAACCCACCGUGUCGUUGCGUGGCAAGAACGCUGCUGCUGUCCCUGCUGCUGGUGCCGCCAAUGGCAACACGAACGCAAAUGCGAACGCGAACGCCAAAGCUGCUGCCUCAGCGUCUGUAGCGUCAGCUGCAACUGAGCCUUCAGCACCAGCAACCAAGGGAAAGACCGGAGCUGCUGCUGCUGCUGCCGCUGACGCCGCCCGCAGAUAG